CUGGUUCAGGUAAGCGGCGGAGCAGGUCCAGGGGAGCAAGCAACCCACGUGUAUAAAGAGAGGAAGGCCUGGGAGGAGCAUUACCGCAGCCCGCAACCGGAGGCCGCGUCGCUGGAACACAUGCUUGGCUCCUUACGAGCAGACAUGAGCCGCCAAGGAGUACAAACACCCCAGAAGGGAUGCUGCAACGCUUGCGAGAAACCUAUCGUUGGACAGGUCAUCACAGCGCUAGGCCGCACGUGGCAUCCCGAGCACUUCACGUGCGCUCAUUGCAACCAAGAGCUCGGUACUAGGAACUUCUUCGAGCGUGACGGCCGUCCGUACUGCGAACCCGACUACCACAACCUGUUCUCACCGAGAUGCGCCUACUGCAAUGGACCCAUCCUGGACAAAUGCGUGACGGCGUUAGAGAAGACCUGGCAUACGGAGCACUUCUUCUGCGCUCAAUGCGGUCAGCAGUUUGGAGAGGAAGGUUUCCAUGAGAGGGAUGGGAAGCCGUAUUGUAGGGCUGAUUACUUCGAUAUGUUCGCACCUAAAUGCGGCGGCUGCAACAAACCUAUCAUGGAGAACUAUAUCUCCGCACUUAACACACAGUGGCAUCCUGACUGCUUCGUGUGCAAGGAAUGUCGCGAGCCUUUCCACGGCGGUUCGUUCUUCGAGCACGAAGGCCAGCCGUACUGCGAGACUCACUACCACGGCAAGCGAGGCUCUCUCUGCGCCGGGUGUCAUAAACCCAUCGCCGGCAGGUGUAUCACAGCUAUGUUCAGGAAAUUCCACCCUGAACACUUCGUCUGCGCCUUCUGUUUGCGCCAACUCAACAAGGGCACCUUCAAGGAACAGAACGACAAGCCCUACUGUCACGCGUGCUUCGAUAAACUAUUUGGAUGA